AUGGGCAAAGAUGAGCUGGCGCCCGUGGAUCUGGAUGCUUAUGUGGACGAUAGCUACGAUUAUUUCUAUACUUGCGCCGAUAAUAAGCAUCCCCUGAUUGGGUUGCUAAAAAAGUAUAAAUAUCACUGGAAUGGGAUACCGAUCAGGAAUCGACAGAAUGAGAAUACGGACCCGCCGAUUGUUGCCUCGAUGAUUGUUUUUGGCACCACCGGAUUCCUUCUCUGCCUCUACUGUUUCCGCGUGAUCUUCAGAAACAGUCGGCUGUCACGAGGUGUGAAAUGGUUUCUAACUAUCGAUUGUUUUUGUCGACUUCACGAGAGCUGGACGCUACUUUUCAAGGCUCAUUGUGUUGUUACGUUCUGGUGUGUCGAUGUGAGCAAUCCACCCUUUCACGGUCUAUUUUUCAACCAAUUGAUUACGGCAUUAAAUCUCGGCAUGUUCUACUCGAUUCAGUGCCUAGGGAAUGGCUCUUCGCCGUUGUCCUCGAAGGGGCGCUUCGCGGCUAAAUUCGAGCGCUACGCCCCGCAACACGCACUAAUAGCUUGGCUAUUCCCAAUCGGGGUCCACGUAUAUGAGAUGGGGAACGUCGUAAACCCUGACACUGGCUACGUUUGCUUUGGUGGCUGGACGUUCAACCCGAUGGAAUAUUCUGACUAUGCUUGGUGGUGGUGGGACAAAUCAGUCGCGUUGAUGAUGGACCAUUUUGACAAACUGAUGUAUUUUGUCUUCAUGACGACGGUAUUUUUCGAUAUCGUCACAUUGGUUAGAAUCCGAACGAUGCAUCGUCAAUCUCCCCUGAAAAGAAGCGUUGAGCAACGAUUGGCGAUAAUGCUCCUCAUCACCCAUCUCACAACAAUCAUCUUCUUGGCUAGCAACGUCGUCUCAAAUUACAUCUUCCCUGAUGAGACCCCAAUUUUCUACUACCUUGUCGAAGAUGUGGCUUCUUUCUUUGGGCACACUUUCUAUACGUUGAUCGUGAUCCUAUCGAAUGUAUCGAACGAAAAACGGCGGAUGGCCGCCAGAUUGGUGGCUUCCCGAUCGACGGGAAUUUCGGAUAAGAAGAUUGCUUUAAAAAAGGACGAGCAAUACAGGUUUAUAGAUUUUGCGGCUAUGGAUUCACUAGGGUGCAUUACCUGCGCUGGAUUUGCGGGCUUCUUUCUGGUUUCCAGACAGAAAAGUAAGAUGGCCAUCACCGCCCAGCAAAUCAUCGAGAUCAUCCUCUGCAUCCUGUUGCCGCCGCUGGCCGUGUUCAUGCACGCCAACGAGUGCAACAUCCACGUACUGAUCAGCGCGGUCCUCAUGCUCCUCGGCUACUUCCUGUCGCCCCUCCACGCCAUCUGGUACUGCUUCUUCCGCACC